AUGGCACAGGUGGAGGAGUCAGUACUUCAGGCAGGAAACGCAGCCCCUGGCUCAGACGAAAUCCCAACCUAUAUACUCAAAGUGGCAUGGCCUCUAAUCAAGGACAAGCAAAGGACUGAAGCGCUUGGUGGCACAGAAUAUGGCAUGGAUCUCUAUACACUACAAAGUAUUAGCAAGGCAACAGUUUGGGGCUCUCCCACUAAGAUCUAUAAAUAA